AUGCCUUCAGUCGCGGAGCGCCCGCGUUCGUCGCAAGAGGCUCUGCUCCGCCUCGAGAAAGGCACCGCUUCCCCGACCACCCAGCUGGACGAGGCUGCCCAGAUCAUCGGCUUGGAUCUGGCCCUGUGUGCGAGCCACCCCGAGAUCAAUCGAACCCCUCACGUCCAGAACAAUGCCGCGCCCAAGGAAGAAUGGGUCCUCCGAUGGUUGUUGAAGAAACUGCGGGCGGGCAAGAAUUAUCGCGUCGACUCGACCUCUUUCCUCCUACUCCGCCAGUUGAUCGACCUGAUCCCGCCAAAGACCCUGGCUACGACCCUCAAGGACCAGAAGUUCCUCGCCAUUUUCAACCAGGCCAUCGCCGAUUUGGAGGACGAUGUCUUCACUGCGUUGAAGACUGGGACGACCGACCUGCUGCCCUCGGAUUCGGAUUCGAGUCACACCUUGAGCGACUCACCCCACCGCAAUGGCGACUACGAUAAAAAGGGAACGAAGAGGAAGAGGGCUGGCGACGACGAGGCGGACGCCAUGGAUAUCGAUGACCAGCCACGGACCCCGAUCUCGUGUUUCUUGGCUUUCAUCCGCGCGUUGGAUUGUCUGUACAGCUUGGUCAUGCUGGCGAAUCGGACCCUGGGUGUUGACGAAGUUGCAAGCUCUCACCUGAAGCAUGCUCUCAAGGGCGAGCCCGAGUCAAACGCUGUCACGCUACAGAAAUCAUUUCGACUAGCAGCCGUCAUUACGACCCAGUUCUCCCACGCGCGCAAGACUACGGACCUACAGCAUCUCCUGUACGUGUUUCCCGCCGUCCUAGAGCUGUGGGAGUUGAGAUCUUCUCGUCGGGACGACUCGGAUAAAGGACUGAGCAAUGAUUGUUUUGCGAAGCAUUGUUUUCAGAGUGCACUGAGACUUCAAGUCUGUGUUCGCGCUAUCCGACUCGACACCGAUGAGAGGGCACACGUAUUGCAUGGAGUGGAGCGCUUGAUCGCCCUGCAUGUGGUGCUUCCAGCCCGUGGAGGAUUCUAUGAGCGAGGUGGUGCGGGUAUCGACUAUUCAGCCAGUGAGCCGGACUGGGCUCCCGUCAAGCCGAUUUCUGAUGCGCUCAGACCUAUCCUUUGCGGAGUCGAGUGUCCCGCCGAGACUGCUGAGGAUGCCAGUAUCCAGAAGAAAAUCAUGUGGAAGACAGCGGAGCUUCUACCUGAAUUUUUCGAUAUAGCCGUCCGCUCGGUUCCGAGGGAUACCUUCCGGAGGCAGACUCACGAGGCUCCGUGGUUGGAGACUUUGUUCGUCGCUAUCGCGGAGCUGGCGUUUUCGAUCGUCAAGUCCCAAAACACAACCUCUCACCUUCCUGAAUUUGUUGGCAUUCUGGAGCGCCUCUUCCGCGUGAUUCUCGUCCGCAACGUGCAGCUGUCUCUGCAUACAUUGCUCACUCACGCUUCCUACACUGGUCUCCUCAAGGAUGGCUUAUCGCAGGUUGAGUGGAGCCUUACGGCGCUGCUUGUUGAGCUUGGCGUUGACAUUUUCCUCCCGAAUUCGGGGCUAAAUGACUCGACGAAGUUGUUGAAAGCUUUGCUAGAGAAGAUCCUCUCCCAUUGGCGCAGCGGCAAGUCUCAGAGUGACGGCAGCUACGAGACUAUAAAGAAAGGCAUUGUGAUCCCCUUGCUGCGCGGGUUCGUGGCUGCUCGAGACCUACCCACCUUCAUGCAGUUCUGGUACGAACAACUCAUCGAGGUCGAAGAGGCGCGGUCACAGGAUAAGACUUUGAAAUCUUUCAUCGUGUGGGAAGACGACGACGUCUGCAACGCGUAUGGCGAUAUCAUGCGAAACCCCCUCACUCAUGCCCAUGCCGCUGCACAGCUUCAGGCAGCUACUGUAGAGAUUAGAGGUGAAGAUGGCAAAAUCUCCAACACCCCCGGCGCAUAUGCGCAGUUUGUGAUCCUGGAGUCUGGGUUCAGAAACCGUGAUUUGAGCUUUGAGGAUAAAAACGAGGCUCUCAGCUCCAUCAUCAAGACCGCAGCAUCGACGUUGUCAUUGAAGCAGACGUUGCAUUGGCGAUGGCGGCUGUGGCGGCUUGCUCGGAAUCUCCUGGAGAACAAUGUUCAGUCCACUGACAAUGAUCUCGGCGCUGCGAUUAUGAGCCUCGUGGACACAAGCGCGGCGACCAUCCGACGUCAUCACAAGGACCGGUUGCAAAAGCCUUGGGCGCCUUUGGAAUGUUUCGAGGCAUAUCAAUUCACCCUUGCUGCUGUUAAAGGAUCCCUGAACAAUGAUCAGUUUAAAUCACUCACGAGUCAGAUCACCGAGCUGGUUGAGUCUAUCUCCAGUAAGGAUGCUGUGGAUUCGAUCGCAUCCCCUUGGAAUGGGCGCAUCGAGACGUUGAACACGCCGGAAACCCUCGCCUUGGCCUACUUCUUGACUCUUGUUAGAAGCCCGGACAUUUGGGCUCGAGUCGAGCCGGAAACCAGGCGCUCUUUGUUCGGCCAUAUCCUGUCUUUGGCGACAUCUCAGUACAAAUCAUCCCCAUCGGCUCUGGAGACCGUUAGCCCUGAACUUCGAUUCCUCCAAGCCUGGGCUAGCGUGGUCUGUCACGAAUAUCUUCUCAACGCCCCGGCCAUUACUUCUGACUUGAUUACUGUGCUCGCUAGCCGAGUCAAGGAGGACAUCUUGAAUCGCAAACUCUUCGUUGAGAGUCUGCAGAGAAUUCCUGCCCCGCUUAUCAUGCGCCGCCAGAGAGCGGUCCUGCUGGACCUGUUGCAGGAGGUUAUCGUGCAGGAAGACAGCACACCCGAAGUCACUGUGGGGAUGCUGUCGUUAAUGGCGAAAUUGGCUGACAUGCCCAAAUGUACAGCGGCCGUGACCAGCAAUUGGGAGCCGAUCUGGACAGUCGCCAAGGCCGUCACUCUGCAGGGUAACGACAUUGAUCUUCAGAUCAUGAAAGCAUUCCGCAAUCUGCACCGAGCAGUCAUAGCCAAGCUACUCGUGCUGUCUGACGAAGAACGGCACAAGCUAUUCAAGAAGAUGUAUCGCAAGGUCACAUCGAAGGCGUCCAAGCUGCAGACCAUCGACAGGGAUUCCAUGGACUGCUUCUAUCUGAGAAUCUCUUUGUCUCAACUUUGGCACCACCGCCAGCAGCUUGCCAGUGUUUUUGACGAGACGGACCUUGCUGCUUGCCGGCAGAAAGUAUUCGACCUCGUGGUGGUGGAGGUGAAGUCCGUCAAGGAUCAAUGCAAGAGACAGCAACUAGAAGAGACGAUCACCCUUAUCAAGAUCAUAGAUGCGCUGGAAGACUUUGAGGACUUGGCUACGGAUCAUGCCGAGGUCGAGAAAUUCCUGUCGAAGAUUGAAAGCUAUGUGGAGAAAUCGGCCGACUCGGACCCUUCGCUGAGCAGACUCAUUCGACGUCGUGUCCUGGCCGGACGGGGCUCCGAAAAGAGCAUCACCCAGCCUGUGAUACAAUGUGCCGAGGCUCUUCCUUUGCAACACAUGUAUAGCGAGGAACAGCGACUGUUUAUCCGGUCUACCAGCGCAAGGUUCCAGUCCAUGUCAAUUGAGGAGCUGACCCGAGUGAUUGAAGAUGUCCGGGCGUUAGGCUUUGUUGGAGAGAACGCGGAGUACCACUUACUUAUUGCCGGUCUAGCCAUUGCCUCAUUGCCUCCGAUUGAAGACAAAGAAUGCCAUACAGCCCAAGAGCUGUCGUUGGUUUGCACAGCCGUGACCGAAUCGCUCCCCCGCAACAAAUCCAUCGAGCAGUUUACUCUUGCCUCUGAGUGCUUGGAUAUCCUGCUCCGCAACUUCACGCGCUGUAUUACGCAGUGGAAUGUCGACAACCUGCUGGCAUCCAUUGCAGUCUGCGCUUCGAAAUCCGGACCCUGUAUCGACCCCGAAUUUUCCGGGACCGUCUAUAUCCGUCUCUGCCGGCUGAUGGGUGUCCUCCUGGGACUCCACCGUCAGAAGCUUGGAGGCCGGUUCCAUCUCAUCCUCCCCGUUAUCGAGCGCCUGCUGGACUGCUUGUUCGCUCGUUCCAAGAAGCGCAGUCGAUCCAUGCUCCACGAAAAGAAACUAGGCCAACACCCCUACUGGCUCGCCCCCCUGCAGGCGUCGCACGCCGUUCACUUUACCCGUCUCCUCACGUCCCUCUGCGACCCGACCGUAUCCGCCGUGUCGAGACCGGCGCAGUCGGCGGGUGGCUUUGAGGGGUUGACCGAUCAGACCAAGAAAGCCAAGCGUAUUGCCGGACAGUACCUCCAGUACUUGAUCAUGGAGUACACGCAGAGCUCUCUGCGCGGAACUCUGGCGCCCGAGGUGAAGGCCGCCAUUCUUCCGGGUCUCUAUGCGGUCCUGGAUGUCAUGUCGCGCGAGACCAUGCGCGCCAUGAAUGCGGGUCUGGAUGUGUCUGGGCGGGCCGUGUUCAAGGCGCUGUACGACGACUAUGUGAAGUUUGGCAAGUGGAACAAGGGCUAAGUGAUGGCCUGGGGGAGGCAGUUCGCAUGGAUGUACACUUCUUCUGUACCUAGUUAUUUGCAUUGGUUGGCCUGGAAUUGAAUGACUGUAUAAUAUAUCCC